GGGAGAGAAACGAAAAGAGAACGAAGGUUUGACAGCAAACCGGAAAAAUUCCGAUCAGCGGAACGUUUAAAGAGUGUCAGUUGCAGAGCUCUAUUGACCUCCUCCAAUAGUCAUUCUCGCUUGCCGGAGAUGUUUGCCUCUGAAGAUAUGUAGAUUUGGACAAUGAAGGUUGGAGUGGAGUUGUUCAGUUGUUGAAAGGGGAAAGUGAGAGGAUUUUUUUUUUUUUUUUAAAGUUUCUUGUGAGUUCAUAUUUCGCAUUCUGUGUUGUUAGGAGAAAGAAACAACGACAGAAUGGUGCUGGUUUUAGCUAUAGGGGACCUUCACAUACCCCAUAGGGCGGCCGAUCUGCCUCCAAAAUUCAAGUCCAUGCUUGUUCCUGGCAAGAUUCAGCAUAUAAUUUGCACUGGCAAUCUCUGUAUCAAAGAAGUGCAUGACUACUUGAAGAGUUUGUGUCCUGAUUUGCAUAUCACCAGAGGUGAAUAUGAUGAAGACUCCCGCUAUCCAGAGACUAAGACACUAACCAUUGGCCAAUUCAAGCUGGGAAUAUGCCAUGGCCAUCAGGUUCGCUCUCUAAAGCUGUUGCAUAUUUGCACUUCAUUUAUUAGCUGAUAUUUCUCAUUUGGACAAGGGAAGGCUGGGCAGGGUAGGACAUAGGAGGGUACUAAAAAUGCUGAAUCAAUGCCAUAGUGUUGUUUGCUCUACUCCUGGGAAUCCUUAUUUUUUCAUGGUUUAUGCUCUGAAGGUUAUUCCUUGGGGAGACUUGGAUUCACUGGCCAUGCUGCAAAGGCAGCUUGAUGUGGACAUCUUAGUGACUGGUCACACACAUCAAUUCAAAGCCUACAAACAUGAAGGAGGUGUUGUCAUCAAUCCAGGCUCUGCCACUGGCGCUUACAGUAGCUUCACCUAUGAUGUGAAUCCAAGCUUUGUGCUGAUGGACAUCGAUGGUCUACGUGUCGUGGUGUACGUAUAUGAAUUGAUCGAUGGUGAGGUCAAGGUCGACAAGAUUGAUUUUAAGAAGACCGCCAAUCCUCGGUGAUUAAUCAUGUUGAGAAUGUAGAUUGGAGCCCAUUGAACCAGAAGGAAGCGGGGCAUCUGGAUGAAUAAACAGGUAGCGUACUUUCAAUGUUUGUUCUCUCACUGUUCCUGAUUUGUGAGACUUGAUUAGGGUUCAGCGGUGUGGUGUGUACCUUCGUAUAUCCAUUCUCUUUUGUCGUCUCGAGUAAAUGUACUCUGUUCUUUCUCUUAUAAAACUUUAUUUCCAACUUCAUGAACUGAAUGGAUGUUGAACAGGAGUAGACCAGAGGUAUUAAGAACAGGUUGAACUGAAAUGGGGAUUUAAUCAACUUGAGUUUAAUGUGUUUCUAUUAUUUCUUGUCCUCAUAUUUCCUCACAAUUUCAAUUUGCUGCUGUUUGUCAAUUUGGUGGAAUAUUAAGACUUCUA